AGAAGCAGACGACAAACUUUUUAGUUGAAAACAUGGCACGACAAGCAGAAGUAAAACAUUUAUUUCCUAAAUUAAAAUUUAAAGUUGGUGGUGAUAAACAUAGAAAAUUAAGUAAUCCAGAUGGACCCGCUGGUAGAAUACGUAAAAUACAAAAGACAUUAACAGCUUUAUUUAAAUAUGAACGUAUUGAAUUAAAUUUCAACAGAGCCGAUGAGACAAGAGGUUAUGUUGAACUCUUAAUUGAUAAAGCACGUAAAAAUGGACCACACGAUAAGGAAACUAUGGAAUUUGCCGAUUUUUAUAUUCUCGAGAAACAACUUGUUCAUAAACUUUUUAAAGUUCUCGUUCCGAGAUACGAAAAUUACACCGAUUCAUUUACAAGCUUUUACAUGGUACCUAGAGAAUGUCCUGGACAUUAUUUUCAAAGAUCAGUUCUCGAACUUAAAGGCAAUAUUUAUCCGAGUUUAGAAAUUGAAAAUCCAAAUACCAAAAAUAUGAUACACAAUGUUUUACUUGAUGCAGCAAAAAAGGAAUAUCGAUAUAAAAAAUAUAAAGAGAUCGCAAAAGAUAUGGAAAACAAUUCUUCUCCCAGUGAUGGCGUUAGUUAAAAUUGGACUUGUUCUUAAAAAUCAAAUUUUAAUAUCUAUUAUUAAUAAAAAGAAAAAUCCAAAAAAAAAAUAAAUAAAUAAAUAAAAAAGAAACCGCAACA